AUGAAGGUGGAGGUGCUGACUCCGCUGGCUCCUGCUCAAAUGGUAAACAUUGACCCGAUGCAGGACACCUUUGAAGUUUUCUUCGACCCUCAGAUGAAGGUGCGGCUGCAGCAGCGUCCAGCUGUGGAUCUACAACGUCCGGCGGUGGACAUCACCAAUGCUGCAGAGGGCAAAGGUUUGCCUGCUGGGCGGCUCCAGAUGGCUCAGCAGGCCGCCUCUUACCUUGAGGAGCACGACCUGGUGAGAACCUUUCAGGAGCUUCUGCAUGGGCUUCUUGUUGCCAAGCCAGCAGAUCCGCACAGGUAUGUGGAGGAACAUCUGGCCAAGGCACGCCAGCUUGCUGCCAAAGCGAAUGGAGAGGCCGAUGGUGCCGCCAGCCCGUACGGUGGUACAGUCUCGCCUGAUCCCGACUCCGAAAUGUCGAAGGAACUCUACAAGGCAAAGAGGCGUCGAUCGAGUGUUCGGGAACACAUGAGGAUGCAGCAGAAAGGUGCUGCGGCUGGUGGCUGCUCGAAGGUGGAGACACUCUUGAUGACUCUGGAAGUUGCCAGCAACAACCUGGAAUUGGUGCUGCCAUUCAUUCCGGAGAAGUUGCGGCACAGCCUGGCAAGCCCAGAGUUUUCCACUUUGUGUGAAGAGAAGUUCAGGUCUCUGGACGUGGAGGAUCGCGGUGAGUUGACGUCCGAUGACCUUAUCCCAGUUAUUGUGGAGCUGAGUCGCGCUCAAAAGGAUUCCAUUUCAGCGGAUCAGUGCAGGAAAUUUGGCGACAUGUUCGACUCCAAUCAGGAUGGCCUGAUCAACAUCGCCGAGUUUACACAGAUGGUUCAAUUUGUCACUGUUGCUGGGUGGCUGGAGAGCGAGGAAGGAAAGGAGACCAUCCAAAAGGCGGAGGUCGCUGACAGAUCGUUCCAGGACUUGAUCAAGAUGAUUGAGGCAGACAAGGAACGUCUCUGGAGCAUUAUUCCAUUCCUUCCAGAAUGGCUGGUGAAUCAUCUCACGGGCAAGGAGUUCGAGGAGGCCUGCCACGAACAAUUCGACGGCUUGGACGCCGACGGAAACGGCAGCCUCGAACCUGUGGAGCUGAUCCCUGUGAUCCAAGCCAUUUGUCAGACCGAGGAGCAUGGGGUGACCAUCACAGAAGAGCGCUGUCAAAGGUUCACGGCUCUCUUCGAUACAGAUGGUAAUGGAGUCAUCCGGCGGGAUGAGUUCAUCGAAUUCGCCCAGUUCUUAACGGUGAUGAACUUCCUCACAAACACAGAAGAGGGUCAGGAUGUCUCAAAAAUGGCCAGCGACGUAGUUCAGGGUGCCGACCACAACCAUGUCAUGCUGCAGAUGCUGGAAGAGGAUCCGGACUUCCUUCAAGAAGUGCUUCAGCAGCUUCCAAAGCCAUUGUACUGGGAAAUCACCAGCCUCGAUUUUCAGAAGGCUUGCAUGGAUGGCUUCAAGGCAGCAGCAGGCGAGGAUUGCUCGGCUGGCAGCACAGUGCCUCCAGGCAUGCUGGUCCCGGUCAUCAAUCAGCUCAUACAGGUUCACCCCUUUCGGAUCAGUGAAGAGCAGUGCAACCACUACAUGAGCCGAUGGGACCGAGAGCUGAAGAAUUCCGUGACGCCCGCGGAGUUCUUGCUCCUCGCACGCUACUGCAUCGUGAUGGGCUAUCUGACAUACCUGGUGGAGAACCAGGAUGCCCUGAUGGCAGAUGUGAUGCUUGGCCAAGAAAAGAUGGAGUCCGUGCUGCAAUCCCUCAAAGAGGGUUCUGAGAUGGUUUGGGACGUGCUGCCUUUCUUGCCGCAGUCCCUUAUCGAUGAGCUCUCCAGUACAGAGUUCGAACAGUCUUGCGACGAGUUUUUCGCACAGCUGGACAAGGAUGGAAAUGGCACCCUGGAGCCCGCAGAGUUGCUGCCAGUUGUCCAGGAAUUAACUCAGGCACAUGCCCUGGUGCUGACGGAAGAGCAUUGCAAGAAAUUUGUCGACCUCUUUGACAUUGACAGGAAUGGUGUGAUUGCGAAGCACGAGUUUGUCAACUUUGUGCGGUACAUGAUGAUCAUGGCAUUCAUGGAAACUCCGGAAGGACAGCAGGCAAAAAUGGAGGUAGAGGUGGACAAAAGCAGCCGUGCUGUUGAUCGUCUUCUGCAUCAGCUUCAAAAGGAUCGCGAUGCCAUCGUGAAGGUCAUGCCGCUACUGCCAGAAGCUGUCUACAGUGAGUUGGUCAGCCAGCGCUUUGUGACUCAGUUCAGCGAGCAGUUCAAGGCACUCGACAAGGAUGGCAGCGGAGUGCUGGAGCCUGCAGAGCUGUUUGACAUCAUCGUGUCGCUGUCCUCCUCGCAGCCCUUUGCGGUCACGCAGCAGCAGUGCGAAGCCUUCACCUCCAUCUUUGAUCUGCGUGGCGAUGGUGUGCUGCGGCAUGAUGAAUUUCUGGAUUUCGCCAGGUUUCUCUGCAUCAUGAGCUACCUCCACAGCACUGAUGGAGAGGUUGCAGCAACAGAAGCUGUGAAGGUCUUGGAGGACAGCAAGCGCAUCGAGGAUCUUCUGGCAGCACUGGAGCGUGACCACGCUGCAGUGCAGCAGGUAGUGCCGUUCCUGCCGCAGUGGCUGAGAAAUGACUUGUUAAGCGAACGCUUUGUGACGGAGUGUGUCAAUUUCUUCUCAGAGCUGGACAAGGACAAGAAUGGCACCCUUGAGCCGGAGGAGCUUUUCCCAAUGGUGCGGAGUAUGGCAGACGCUCACAGCAUGGCGCUGGACCUCGACCAGUGCAAGCGCUUUUCCAAGAUCUUUGAUGUCAAUGGCGACGGCUUGAUCGAGUUAGAUGAGUUCGUCAACUUCUCUCGCUUCAUGAUCGUGAUGUCCUUCUUGCACAGCCAGGAAGGACAACUGACGUUGUCGAUUGCAAUGGAGCCAGAGGCAAUGGCGAAGAUGAACGGGGAGCUGCCUGGAGGUCCACCGCCUGUUACGCCGCAGCCACAUGACAGCAAUGUUGUCAGCCCGGGCAACAUGAGCCCGUUGCCAAUGCUCAAUCCCACAGAGGAGGAGGCUCCGGUAUCUCCAGCACACUUGGCUGUGGACUGCGAGUUCUACAAGAACAAGUCCCACAAGCUAAUGGAGGAGAAUGACGGCAUGAGGGAGCGCAUGAACGGGCUGGAGGACAUGGUCCGGAAGCUGCAGAAGCAGCUGGAAGAUCAGGAACAGAAGCUCCGCCACGCGGAAGUUGCCAAUACCUCAGGCAGUCUGAUGGCCUGGAGAAGCGUAGUGCGGCGUGUGCUGCAGUCACAGCGCUUGUGGCUUACGGGUGAGCUGUCCGAGGAUCUCCGAGCAGGCGCCCCUGAGGGGAUCCAGUCAGAGCCUAUGAUGGCUAUGGUGGAGUCCGAGGAACAGAAUGCUUCCCGGCUCUCACUGCUGCAACGCCAUCGUGAGGCACGGGAGCUCCUUGUCAAGCUGCAAGACCCAGCCGGGUCUGACCCGGCGGAUGGCGACCUGGAACCGUUCCUGCGACACUUGCGACUGGGAGGUGCUUGCAGCGUCUUUGGCAGCCGCAAGUUCUCACUUCCACUCCAUGCCUUUGCAGACACCAUCCUCCAGUUCUUCUGGAACAAGCUUGCCAAGGAAAAGACCGCUCUCAGCGCUGAUGAGCCUGUAGAGCCUGUGAUGGGCCAGCGCUGCGGUGCAUCCUCGUGGCUCAGUGGCACAUUGCUUUUGCAGAUGCUUCUUGCAAAGUCAAGGACCUUCUGCCUUCGGCAAUUCAAAGCCGCUUUGGUAGGAGCCUUGGCCUGGCUGUCACGAAAGAAGCACAAGUGGGAAGAUGGGAGCAAUCUCCUGAAGAUGCAGGUGAAGAUGAAAGCAAAAGAUCCGUCAAUCAGUCAGCAGGUUCCAUCCAGGAAGGAUGACGAGGACGAUUUUACGACUGAGGCCAGUGGCCUGGGCGGGGAGAUCCAGAUCUUGCAGCUUCUGCUUGUUGAACAGUGUCACAGGUCCUCUGGGGCGGAGCUUCAGCAGCUGCGGUGUGCAGCUGACAGUUGGGCCAAGGCAGCAGAGGAGAGCAGCAGGGAGCUACGCGAGCGCGAGCAGCGGCUUCAGGAGCUCCUUGCAGUCCUGCCUGGAGCGGGCGAAGUUCUGCGGCCCAGCGCAGAACAAGAGAAGGAGCUCAACAAGCAGUCCGCGCUGGCAGAUGAGAGGGUGCGAGUAUUGGCAAAGCAAACAGACAGACUGCAGGAGCAGGUCAAGCUUGAGCAGCGGCUGCUAGCACAGCGCCUUGACGAGCGGCGGGCUCUCGAGGCACAAGUGGAGGUCCUGUUGCGAGACCGCGACGAGCAGAAAGUGGCACAGCAGAAGGCAAGAGGAGCCCUGCGUUUAGCAGAAACGCAGCUGAAGCAGAAGGAGGAGGCCCUUGCUGCGACAUCCCGCCGUUGCGAGGAGCUGCAGCGCCAGGGCGUGCGGAUGCGCGGGGAGGUGCGAGGUUUGAAAGCUCGCUUGGCCGCCCAUGAAGCUGCCUUGGCAUCUGCCAGCAAGGCUGGUGGAGUCCGCUCAGGGGAAGAGGUGGAUGAGCCCUCACUGCGCCUUCGGGGCAAUGAGGAGCAGAGACGUCGCAUUAGCUUGCGCCUACAGCACGAGGUUGUGGACUUGUGGAAGGCUUUGCAACAAUGCAAAGAAGAGGGUGCGAGCCUGAAGCAUUGCAGUGAGGCUCCGGACUAG